AUGACGUUGAGCACCCUAAGAGCAUUAUCUUUUCAUUCAGCUGAAUCGGCUCCUCGAUGGAAAUACGAUGUGUUUUUGAAUUUUAGGGGUGAAGACACCCGCAAGGGUUUCAUAUCCCAUUUGUACCACGAACUGCAGUACUGGCAAGCCAUCAAAACUUUCAAGGACGACCGAGAGAUUGAAAUAGGAGCAACUAUAUCUCCAGAACUCUUGAGCGCAAUCGAAGAAUCACGUCUUGCGAUUGUUGUUCUCUCGCCAAACUAUGCUUCUUCCACCUGGUGCUUGGAUGAGCUUGCAAAAAUUGUCGAAUCCAGGGAAACGCAGGAAAGCACAAUUCUUCCAGUUUUCUUUGAUGUGGAUCCGUCUGAUGUACGGAAUCAAAGGAAGAGCUUCGCUGAAGCCUUUGCAAAGCAUGAGAAGUCCAUUGAUGACAUAAACUGUUAUAUUAGCUUAUUAAUCCUACUGAAUAUGGAACUAGGCUUAUAUACUUUGUAUAUCAGCAAAUCUGAAAGAGAUGUUAUCAGAGCCAUUGUCAAAUGUGUGUGGAGUAAAGUGCGUCCUCUGAUUACAUUGUCAAAUUCCAAAGACAAGUUAGUUGGGAUUGAUUAUGGACUUAUUGAAAUGAGUGGAUUUUUAGCUCUUGAGGUGAAUGAUGUUCGAUUUAUAGGGAUAUGGGGCAUGGGUGGAGUGGGUAAAACAACUCUUGCUAAGCUAGUGUUUCAAAGGCUUUCUCAUCAUUUUGAAGUCACCAAGUUUCUUUUCAAUGUUGGAGAGGUUUCUGCAAAACAUAGCACUCUAGUUGAUCUCCAAAAGCAGCUUGUUUCCCCAAUCUUGAAGGAAAAGACACAAGUCUGGGAUGAACAACAAGGGACUGUUUACAUAAGGAAAUGCUUGUUCAAUAAAAAGGUUCUUCUUAUCAUUGAUAAUGUUGAUCACUAUAACCAACUAGAAAUAUUGGUCGGAAAUAAAUCUUGGUUUGGUGAUGGAAGCAGAAUUAUUGUCACAACUAGAGAUGAACGUCUGCUUAUCGAGCAUGAUAUAGAGUUAUCAUUUAAGGUUGAAGGAUUAAAUGACCACAGAGCUCUUGAGCUCUUCAGUCAGAAUGCCUUCAAGAAAGAUCAGCCUAAAGAUGAGUUCUUACAAUUGUCCAAGUGUUUUGUAGAUUAUGCCAGAGGGCUACCAUUAGCUCUUAAAAUUCUGGGGCGUUCUUUGUAUAAGAGAGAUCUGAAUGCAUGGAAUAGUGCAUUGGAUAAGCUAAAGACAAUUCCUAUUCCAACUAUAUUUGAUUCACUCAAACUAAGUUAUGAUGUGCUAGAUGAUAUGCAGAAGAGCAUUUUUCUGGAUGUUGCGCAUUUCUACAAAGGGAUAGAAAAGGGGCAAGCAAUUGGUAUAUUGGAAAGCUGUGGUCUUUGUGGUUGUAUUGGUAUAGAUGUUUUGAUAGAGAAAUCUCUAAUAAUCAUUGAGGGAUUCGACAUUGUUGGUAUGCAUGAUUUAGUACAUGAAAUGGCGAGGGAAAUUGUUCGUCAAGAGUGUAGAGAAGAUCCUGGUCGACGUAGUCGUUUGUGCAAUCAAAAUGAUGUCUUUGGUGUAUUCAAGAGUAAUACUGGAACAAAAGCAAUAAGAGGCAUCCGGUUAUGCUUACCUAGAUUAGAAGAGGCAGACAUGAACUGGAAUUGCGAAGGCUUCUCUAAGAUGUCCGAAUUGAUGUUUCUUGAAUUUGAUAAUCUCAGGAUUAAAUCUGCUCCCCAAUUCCUUCCUAGUUCAUUAAGAACUUUGAAAUGGAGUUGGUAUCCUUCCAGAUUUCUUCCAGCUAGUUACCGACCAGACUUACUUGUUGAGCUUAAGAUGGAAGAUAGCAAAAUUGUCAAGCUUUGGGAUGGGAAACAGGACUUGCCUAACUUGAAACGUAUGAAUCUUUGGGGCUCCAACAACUUAACCAAGACUCCAGAUUUCACAGGUAUUCCGAAUCUUGAGAUCUUGGGACUUGGACGUUGUGCGAGUUUAGUUGAGAUUCAUCCAUCCAUUACAGUUCACAAAAAGCUUAAGUUGUUGAACCUCUUAGGCUGUGAAAACAUUAAGAGCUUUCCAACUGAGAUAGAAAUGGAGUCUCUCGAGGACUUUUACUUUGGUGAUUGCUCAAAAGUAAGCGUUCCAGAUUUUGCAAGAGGGAUGAAAAUUUUUUUAAGUCUUGACUUAGAUGGGACUGUGUUUGAGAAAAGAACUUCAUCAUUGAAAAUCGGCUUUUGGAAUUUAUUCGCAAAAAGGAGUUUGGAGCCUCUGGGAUCGCUUUGUCCUUCUCUAAGGGAGUUGCAGUUUUUGACAACGUUGAGUCUCAAUGAGUGUAAACUUUAUGAAGGUGCACUACCUGAUGAUAUUGGCUAUUGCAUGCCAUACCUUGAAGUCUUGUACCUUACUGGAAAUAAUUUUGUUACUCUCCCUGCAAGCAUAAAAUGCCUGUCUGAGCUUCACUUGAUUGAUUUGAAUAGGUGCAAAAGGCUUCAACAAUUGCCGGAUCUUCCACCAAGUGCAAGAUUAGAAGUCCGGGUUGAUGAUUGUGCUUCCUUGAAGAAGUUGUCAAAACAAACAAAACUGUGCGGACUCACCGGUUGGGACUACUGUUUUUAUUUAACAUCAGUCAAUAGCUUUGGAUUGGUUGAUGAUGAAGGAUGGAAUAAUGGAAUAUUUUCGAUGCUAAAGCAAUUUGCUGCUCAGUUACCCUCACUACCGAGAAUGUCUCCAAACUUUGACAUAUUCUCGAUCAUAAGUCCUGGAAGCAAAAUCUCAGCCUGGUUAAAUAUUCAAAGUGAGGGAGAUACAUUGACCGUGGAGCUACCUUCGCAUCGAGAAUCUUGCAGACCAAAGUGGAUGGGAAUUGUAUUGUGUGUUGUUUUUGCAAAUCAUAAACCUGCAGCCGAUCUGGAGGUUGAUGUUGUGAUUCGAUGUUUUUCACAAGUGACUUCUCGUCCCUUCCGGGCCAAAAUGGCAAGCCAUGUUAUGGGAGAUCACAUUUGGAUGUUUUAUCUGCCUGUUGAACAAAUGCUGGAUACCGGAACAAAUCUCAUCAACUUCUUGUUUAAAGCAUAUUAUUCAACGUGGAGUAUGGGGCGCAUACCGAAAAUUCCAUGCUCGAAUAGUGUCAAGAGGUGUGCAGCCCGUUUGGUCUGCGAGGAAGACUUGAAAGAGCUCGACAAUGACACAAGGAGCACCUUUAAGCGCAGUCGUGAAUAUAGUGACAAUGAGGAGGCGGAAGAACUUCCAAGUGGAAGUGGAAGGGGUGACCCUAACAAAGAAUCGAUCUUCAAAAGACUCAAGGCAUGA